AAUAAGAUAAAAAAUAAAUAAAUGGUUUAGCUGCAGGCUUCGUCUUCUACAGUUCAUGGUUUAAGCUUCUGUCAAGGCAUCAUUUUUCUAUUAAUUUCAUAAUUUAAAUUUAAAUAUUUCUUUAAUAAUUAUCUAAUAAUACAUAUGACUGUCGAUAUGAACUAGGAUCAUCUCAUCAUCCAUAUUUACUCAAAAUAAACAAACUUCUCUCACUUUUACUCAAAGAUUGAAUUUUUUGUUUGUUUUUGGACUAAAUGAUCAUCAAAACAGUAGCAGCCACCUUACUAGCCAUAGCCACCUCCUCAAUCUUCCUUCUCUUUUCUCCUACCCCAAAAUCCUUCUACCACUCUCUCUUCAUAUCCAGCUCACUUUCAGACAAUGUCUCCAUAUCCAGCCACCUCCACACCCUCACCCGCAGGCCCCACGUGGCAGGCCAAGAAGCCAACGCAGAGGCAGCAGCCUAUGUCCUCUCCAUCUUCGCUUCCUCCAGCAUCAAAACCCACAUAGCCCCUUACCCUGUUGCCCUCACUUACCCUGUGUCACGCUCCUUAACCCUCACACCUUCACCCCAAGAACCCCAAUCCCAGAUCAAUUUUAAUCUCCAGCAAGAAAUCUAUAGUGGUGAUCCUUAUGCUGAUGUGGCACAUGAAGUCUUGCCAACUUUUCAUGCUUUUGCAAAGUCAGGCACUGUCACUGCCCCUGUGGUUUAUGUCAAUUAUGGAAGUCUAGAGGACUAUGAGGUUUUGAAGCAAAUGGGUGUGAAUGUUUCUGGUUCAAUUGUAUUGGCAAGGUAUGGGAAAAUUUAUAGGGGAAGUAUUGUGCAGACUGCAUUUGAAGCAGGUGCUGUUGGGGUUUUGGUUUAUACAGAUAGGAAAGACUAUGGUGGUGGAGGAGGUGAGGGGAAAUGGUUUCCAGAUGGUAAGUGGUUGCCACCAAGUGGGGUUCAGGUGGGGACAGUUUACAAUGGGCUUGGUGAUCCUACAACACCAGGAUGGGCUAGUAGUGAAGAGGGUGAAAGGCUUUCAGAUGAUGAUGUUGAGAAGGCAGGGGAUGUUCCAUUGAUACCUUCACUGCCAGUUUCAGCAGCAGAUGGUGAAACCAUUUUGAGAGCUAUUGGCGGGCAGGUGGCAAAUGAUGAUUGGCAAGGAAGUGAAGAUGCCCCAACUUACAAGGUUGGGCCAGGUCCUGGGAUUGUUCAUCUCAGUUACACUGGAAAGCAAGUGAUAGGGACAAUUGAGAAUGUUAUUGGUGUAAUAGAAGGAACGGAAGAACCUGACCGAUUUGUAAUUCUGGGUAAUCACCGGGAUGCAUGGACAUUUGGAGCCGUUGACCCGAAUAGUGGCACUGCAGCGCUGCUAGAGAUUGCCCAAAGAUUAGGGAAGCUGCAGAAAAGAGGGUGGAAACCUCGACGUACCAUUGUCUUGUGUAAUUGGGAUGCUGAGGAAUAUGGCCUGAUAGGAUCAACUGAAUGGGUAGAGGAAAACAGGCAAAUGCUAGCUUCAAGGGCUAUAGCUUACUUGAAUGUUGACAGUGCAGUAUAUGGACCAGGAUUCUGGGCCUCUGCAACUCCACAGCUUGAUGAACUGCUUAAACAAGCUACUCAACAGGUUCAAGACCCAGAUAAUUCAUCACAAACUAUCUACCAAUCAUGGGUCGGUUCAAGCAGUUCACCUAUGAUUGACAGGUUGGGAAGUGGCGAAUCAGAUUUUGCAGCUUUUGUUCAACAUGUUGGAAUUCCAGCAGCUGAUAUGGCUUUUGGUAAAGGAUACCCAGUAUACCAUUCGAUGUAUGAUGACUUUAUAUGGAUGCAAAAAUUUGGUGACCCAAUGUUUCAAAGGCAUGUUGCAGUGGCAAGUUUAUGGGGUUUGGUAGCUCUUUGGCUAGCGGAUGCAGAAUUCUUGCCUUUUAAUUACCUCUCGUAUGCACUGGAGCUACAGAGACACAUGAAAGACUUGGAAGAUGAGCUUCCAGAUAAGAACAUAAACCUAGCUCCUUUGUUCAAGUCCAUUGAGGAGCUCAAGAAAGCAGCGACGAAAAUAAACAGCCAGAGAGAGGAAAUAGAACAACACAAAGGUUGGCAAUUUAUAGGGAAGAACGAUCAUUUUAAGGUGAGAGAGCUGAAUGACAGACUAAUGAUGGCAGAGCGUGCAUUUACAGACCAAGAUGGACGCCUUGGAAGGUCAUGGUAUAAGCAUCUGAUUUAUGGGCCAUCAAAACACGAUGAUUACGGAUCUAAAUCCUUCCCUGGUAUAGAUGAAGCUAUUGAAAAGGCAAAGAGUUUGAAGACCGCAGAGUCACGGAAACUUGUACAGCAUGAAGUUUGGAGAGUCGCUAGAGCUGUCAGACAUGCAUCACAAAUCAUCAAUGGUGAACUAACAUGACAACUUGAGGACCAAAAUACCAUUAAGAUUUGAAAUGAUAGUUUGUUGCACUUGUAGACUGGUGUCAUUUUGAUUAUAUUUCAAUGUUCUACAAUCCACAACGUUUAAGUUUGAUCAACAAAACACCGGUGCCAUUUUGAUUACCUUUCAA